GGGGUAGAGGGGUGGGGGACAGCCGAAUAUCUCACACGCCGUUUCACCCCCGGCAAGCGGGGUUCGGCGAAUCUAGAAGUGCGUGCCGAUCUUUAUCCGCAUCGUGGCCCUGAUUUUUAUCCUCAUGUUGGCUCAAGCAACUAGUUGUUCUGCCAGAGGACCAUUCCCACAAGAAAUCUUUGCUCGGUGCAGAAGGCUGCGGACCGCAAUGGCAAUUCGUGUGUUCAUUGUGGUGGUGGCUUUUGCUUUGCUGGCGGGGUCUCUGCGCCGAUUUCAUGAAUCGUGAUUUUGGGCGCCAGAUGCAGAGAGUCUGGGAUGAAGUAAUCGUCCCAGCGUUGGCAAGUACAGCUGGGGAGUGCCGCGUCGAUGGACAAUGUGAGUAUAUGUCCGAUAUUGCGGAUCGUUGGCUGCUGUACAUGGAAACGUUCCUCCACGUUCUCACGUACCUCACCGCACAUCCAGAUAUGUGCCCCUCGUACAUCAACGCCAUCCAGGCGUCGUGGAAUGAUCUUGCAGACGGCACGCAGUUGGCCUACGGAAGUUCCAAGUGGGUGUACGAGUUUUGGUGGUCGGAUUUCAUGAACCACCCCCACCUCGAGCAGCGGCCGCGCUCGAUGGAGGGGGUGUACAGGCAGAUGGACCUGGACACGACGUGGAACCCGUUCCGGUCCACGAGCUCGCUGGACAGGAUCCUCAGCGUCGCGAGGAAGCUGGGCAUAUACAACGCCCGGGGGGAGGUCGCAGCCCCGGAGUGCCUCCCACCGCCGCCGCGUCCUUGAGCCCACGCGCGGGCAGCCGGGAGCGGAGCGCGCACGUCCAGGACCUCCGGGGGGGGGGGCGCGGGAGAGGCCGCGGGCCGCGCCCCUCGGGGCCCCGCAGGGCUCGUUCGCGGCGGUCGCUCGCGAGGCACGCCGCUGGGCCUUCUCCACUCGGCUCUGCCGCCGCCGAAACGCGGCAGCCCAUCCGUGCCCUGCGCCGCCGCGAGGGGACCAGCAUCCUCCUCCUCCUCCUCCUCCUCC